GCUUCUCAUCCUCUGAUGCCAACUAUUUUCGUCGCCUUCUUCCUUCUUUACCAGCCCGUUCAUUCCUUCGUCCUCUAAUCUUCUCCCUCAUAAGCUUCUGCCUAAAUUCCUUCCUCACUCCGUCCCCGCUCCUUCCUCACGUUCUCGGGCUCUUAACACCAUGGACCCCGUUGAGCUCAAGCGCGUUUUCCAGAUGUUCGAUCGCAACGGGGACGGCCGAAUCACGCAGAAGGAGCUCAACGAUUCGCUCGAGAGCCUCGGCAUCUUCAUCCCCGACAAGGAUUUAAGGCAAAUGAUCCAGAAGAUCGACGUCAACGGAGACGGAUGCGUGGACAUGGAGGAAUUUGGGGAGUUAUACCAGGCGAUAAUGGAGGAACGGAAUGAAGAGGAGGACAUGAGAGAGGCAUUCGACGUGUUCGACCAAAACGGCGACGGCUUCAUCACCGUGGACGAAUUGAGAUCGGUGUUGUCCUCGCUUGGGUUGAAACAGGGAAGAGCCACGGAAGAUUGCAAGAAGAUGAUCAUGAAGGUGGAUGUGGAUGGAGACGGGAGGGUCAAUUACAGCGAGUUUAAGCAAAUGAUGAAGGGAGGUGGCUUCGGUGCUCUCGGCUAGCGUCUUUCCUGCCUCUUGUACAUACUCGCAAAAUUGACUCACUCAUCGCAAUGAACAUCAUCACCAAUUCGUGUUCGUGCAUCAGAUCAAAGACGAAGAUGCAUGCGUUGUCCGCCAAGACUGCAUCUUAGCCGUUAGAUGGUUCGAGCGAAUCCAUGAAUCCUGGAAAUGGUGGGAACUGGGAGAAGGGCCAUGAAUGGGAAUGAGCGCUUACCGUAACCCUAUGUUGUUUUAUUUUUUUCGAAGUAAUUUUUUUUGACAGGUUCUGUUUUCGGUUUCUAUAACUGUUUUUUUUUAAAAUUUUUUUGCUGGUGCUGGAUUUUGAUAUCCCCAUUUUGAUUGGUUUGGUUUUUGUUUUGUUGUUUCCCCACUUGAUGUAUUUUCAUGGAUUUGACGAUUUGGAUCAUUCACGUGCAAAGUCUCUGUGACAAAUUCACGCUGGAAAUGCUAAAAAUUUCCCUUUGUAUCA